CACUAACAAGCACACUUUGCCUCGCACAUCAGCAUUUGCACACAUACACUACACUCAAUGCCGCCGUGCAAAUCAGGAUGUCGACGCCGCAAGCCAAACGCCGCAGGCUGAACGAUGCAACGAGCACGCUAAAGAAGCCGUUCAAGUCACCAUUCCGGACACCACUCAGGCCCAACAUUGGCUCUGACCCCCCCUCCUCUGAUCCCCCUGACAUCAGUUCACCCGCAAAAUCUGUCUCGUACGCAACCCCGCUCACGACAUCCCACAAAGCUCCAAGCGUACCGACACAACCUCUGGCAGAUGCUGUUGCAACAACGCCUGCAUCAUUACAAACACGCUUUGUCAAGCUGCAUGCCUCACAACAUAACGGUUCUACACCUUUGAAUCUCAUUCCAAAGAAGACUGCGCCAAGGAAGAAGCCAUCGAAGCCGUCCCUCACGCGAGAGUUGAUGCAGUUGCGCAACGAGAUACAGAUCCUGUCACAAGCUCACGCACUCGCUGUUUCUGCCAAGGACGAAAAUCUACAGAUACUCAUUGAUAGGUGGCGGGCUGCGAGCCGCGCUGCAGCCGAAGAGCUCUUUGGCAGUACACGCGACCGCGUAAAUAGGAUGGGCGGUGUAGGCGCCUGGAAGGAGCGAGAAAGGGAAGCAAAAGAGCGGACAAUGAAGUGGGAUCUCGAGGAGAAAGAGGCCGAGAGGGAGAAAGUGGAAGCGGCCAGAGAAAACGGCGAGAUUGGGGACGAAGCGUACGACAAAUACGCCGAGAUGGCAGAGGAGCAGGGCCAGUGUGAGGAAGGAGAACACACGUCAAAAGGAGCCGACGACGACUCGUUCACGAUGGACAUGAUGCUCAAGACACUCAACAUCGAUUUGCGACUGAUCGGUUACAACAAGGAGGCACAGCGUUGGGAUGGGUAAAAGGGCACUCAGAUGAUUCUGAAACUCGACACUGCGAUGUGUACGCGACUCAGGCCUUGACCCGACCGUGUCUGCUCGAAGUUUCGUAAACCCCACUUUCAACCUGCAUACCCACAGUGUGUCGCAAGGGAUACUAUCGUCACGAAUGUGUUCAGCAUAAGUCUUCCAUUGUUUGAAUGUAGACUUGUUAGUGGGCAUUCGGGGAAAAUAACCCCAUACAUACAAAACCCAAGAGCAUCAAGUAGCCGAUUCAGUUGUGUGACGUCAUAGUCUCUGUGCUCCUGUUGCUCCCGAAAAGAUGAGUGGCUCGGCACACC